AUGGCCAUCACCAAGUGUUCAUCUCUUCUAUUACUAUCGUUGAUGAUGAUGUUUUUGCUCAUCUCUAAUCCCGUAAAUGCAGGAGAAACCAAUAGGGAAAGACUAAUCAAACAUUGUACUGGGAUGGAUUGUACAACAACAGAGAAGUGCAAUGCAUAUUGCAUAGAACAACAUUUCUUAGAGGGAAAAUGUUUAGAAAGAUAUUUAGUUGGUGGUGUUGAAUGUUGUUGUUUAGCAUAA